UGCCAGAGGAUUUAUUGAGUUUCUCUUUUUUUUGUCUCCUCCCUCCCUUUGGAAAAACCGAGAAGGUUUGGGAUUGGGUUGCUUCUUUUGAAGCGGGUUCUCCGAGUUGCUGGAUAGAUCCAUUCCCAAAUUGGACUGUUUUUUCCCUACCUACUUCUGCCCUUAUUUUCCUGGAAAUGUGCCAUUCGACGGUCCUUCACUGAGUGUGGAUGUUUUCCCCCUCACCUCUCUUCGUUGCCUGCUUUUUCCUUCUGAGGGUUAUGUUGUACCGAGGCUGUGUGAUCCAAGGAAAUUUUUUUAAUCACCUAAAAGGGGAAAUUUCGCACUUUGCCACGUAUUUGUGUCUGAGGCUAACCGUGUGUGGAUUUUAAAAGUGGACUAUUGAGCGUCGUGUAGCGAAACAAGCGCUGGCUUUGGAGUCCGGCCGUUCCGUGUUAAAAUAAGGUUUCUUCUAUUUCGUGCGUGUGACCUAAACCGACAAGUAUUUUGUAUUAUGAUUUCUCAAGAGAAGACAGAAGAGCUUCCUUUUGCAGAUAUAUUUAGUGAAGAUGAAACUGAAAAAAAUUUUUUGUUGUCCAAACCUGUUUGCUUUGCUGUAUUUGGGAAACCAGGAGUUGGGAAGUCAACAUUAGCCCAUCAGAUAACACAGGCAUGGAGAUGUAUUCGUGUUGAAGCUUUAUCAGUUUUAGAGGAACAGCUUGCUGCUACAACUGAAAUAGGAGCUACGGUGCAAUCAUUGCUUAUCAGUGGUCAAAGCAUUCCGGAGGAACUUAUCAUAAACCUAAUGUUGGAGAAGCUCAAAUCCACAGAAGUCUCUCACUUUGGUUAUAUUAUCACUGAACUACCAUCACUUUCACAGGAUGCCAUGACUACCUUGCAGCAAAUAGAAAUACUUAAAAACUUAAAUUUGAAACCUGAUAUUAUAAUCAAUAUUAAGUGCCCUGACUAUGAUUUAUGCCAAAGAGUUUCUGGGCAAAGACAGCACAGUAAUACAGGGUACAUAUACACCAGAGAACAAUGGGAUCCUGAAGUCAUUGAGAGUCGCAGGAAAAGGAAGAAAGAGGCCAUAAAAGAAGGAAAAAUAGAAGAGGAAGGAGAAGAGGAGGAAGAGCAAGAAGAAGAAGAGGCGUUCCUUGCUGAAAUGCAGAUGGUGGCUGAAAUUCUUCACCUUCUAGUUCAGAGGCCUGAGGAUUAUUUGGAAAAUGUUGAAAACAUUGUUAAACUUUAUAAGGAAACAAUUCUUCGUUUUUUAGAAAAAGUGAUGGCUGAACACAACCCCCAGUAUCUCAUUGAGCUAGAUGGAAAUAAGCCACCAGACGAGCUCUUCAUGAUAGUUAUGGAUCGACUUAAAUGUCUGAACCUAAGAAGAGCAGCUAUUUUAACCAAACUUCAGGGUGCAGAAGAAGAAAUGAAUGACUCAAUGGACACUGAGGAGCUAUUCCGUAAUUUUGCAUCUUAUAAACUUAUUGCACCCAGAUAUAGAUGGCAGAGAAGCAGAUGGGGACGUCUAUGUCCCGUAAAUUUAAAACAAGGCAACAUUUAUCCAGGAUCACCAGAUUUUGUUGUGAGUUUUCUAGGUAAAAUGUACUGUCUUUCCUCAGAAGAAAAAUUGAAAACAUUUUGUUUGAACCCACGUCCCUGUCUUCUUCCACCUAUGCCAACACCACCGUGUAAAGUGUUCAUAUUUGGACCUGAAUUGUCAGGGAAAACAACACUUGGCAAUUUGCUUGCAGAACAUUACAAAGGAAAGGUAAUUGACUUUGCUCAACUUGUUCAACCACGUUUUGAUGAAGCCCGGGAAACAUUAAUGAAAAAUACUAUAGCUGAGGCCACUGAAGCAGCUAUUCAAGUUGUGAGAGGAAAGCUUCUCACAGAACUACAAGCUAAAAACCAAGCCCAGACAGCUUUAAAAGAAACUGAAGGACAAUAUGAAAAAAAGGAGUCUGAAGAAUUCCCGAUGGAAACACGCAAAAGCUUAGGAGACACUCAGUCUUCAACUGAUGAUGUGAAAGUUCCCGGCUUCCAAAGAUACAACCUUUUAGAGGACACUGAGGAAGAAGCCCCAGCAAAGUCAGGAAGUAGCCACCAUGUUCAAGCUGCUAAAGCUGCUAAAGUUGAUAAAGAUGAUAAAGAAGAAACCAGUGAAACAUCCACAUUUAGAAGUUAUGAAUAUCCUAGUCUAACAGUAUCUUCAGACAAAGACUCAAUAGAAGAGGUAACUGCAAGUCAUCCAGAGGUUCUUGCUAUGAUUGAGGAGACUAUAAAAAUGGCACAGGAUAUAAACUUUGAACAGCCAUAUGAAAAAUAUGCUGAAAUCUUACAGGAAGUCUUCAACGAGGUAAAGAAAAACAACGAGGAUAGGUUUUCUGGUGCCCCAAAUGGAGGAUGGGUUGUGGACAACUGCCCUAUUAUAAAAGAACUAUGGAUGGCCAUAAUUGAGAAAGGAAUUACACCUGAUUUGAUAAUCUAUUUAUCAGAUACAGAAAACAAUGGAAAAUGUUUACUUAAUAGAUUAUAUUUUAAAAAUAAACCUGAAAUUGAUUCUAAGAUUAUAGAAAGAAUGUUAGAUGAACUACAAAAGAAAAAAAAAGAGGAAGAAGAAGCAAGAAAAGCCACAGAAGAGGCAUUGAAACUAGAAGAAGAAAAUCGAAAGCGAAUGGAAGCUAUGAAUGUGAAAAGAAAAGAAGCUGAAGAUCCUGAUGAGGCUGAAGAGAGUGAAGGUGAGGAGUCCGAAGUUCGCGAGGAUGCUGAGCCAUCUGAGGUAUCCGACGAGACUAGAGGGUCAUUGUUACCUGACGAAUCUGUAUCUGAGGUCCCUGGAACAGAACGUGAUUCAGUAUCUGAACCUAUUGAGGAUACUACAAUUGUUGACACAGAAAUUUCAAAAGGAUCCAAAGAGGGCCUGGAAACAGAAGAAUUAUCUGAAACAGUUGUACUACCUGAGUUUCCAGAAGACUCUUAUCCUGAUGUUCCUGAAAUGGAGCUUCUUAAAGAGAGGGUUAAUUCUUUCAUCCUCAGCUGGAAACCUCUGGAAACAUUGUUUCAUGACUCUUUCGUUGAGAUUUUAAACUUGGAGAUUGCAGACAGUACUCCAAAGGAACUACUUCAAAAAGUAGUUGAGACUAUGGAAAAACCUUUCCAGUAUACUGCAUGGGAGUUAGGUAUGGAAGAUUAUGAUGAAGAAACAGAAGAUUAUCAGGCCGAAGGAGAGCUUGAUGAGGAGUCAGAUGAAGAGGAAGAGGAAGAGGAAGAGAAUGAAGAGAGAAUUAAAGAGAAAAGGAGGCAUUUGGGAGAUACAAAGCACUUUUGUCCAGUGGUUCUCAAAGAAAACUUCAUCCUACAACCAUGCAGCACAGAAGAAGCAGCUAAAUAUCGAGACAAGAUCUACUAUUUUUCUAGUCCUGAGGCAAAAGAAAAGUUUUUGGAGCAUCCUGAGGACUAUGUGGCUCAUGAAGAACCAUUGAAGGUUCCUCCAUUAAGAAUAUGCAUCGUUGGCCCUCAUGGCUCUGGCAAAACUACUUGUGGAAGACCGUUGGCAGAAAAAUUGGGCAUCUUUCACAUUCAGUUUGAAGAAUUUCUUCAAGAAAAAAUAAUGCUCAAAACUGAAAAGAAAGUUGGACCUGAAUUUGAGGAAGAUUUAGAGGAAGAACUAGCUGCAAAACAAGAACUUGAAGAGCUUGCAAUUCAGGCCAAUGUUAAAAUUGAGGAAGAAAAUGCAAAAAAGCAGCCUCCAGAAUUACAACUUACAGAAGAAGAGGAAGCAAUCAAAGCAAAUCUAAUGGAAAAUGAUCCAUUGCCUUCUGAAAUUCUCGACAUGAUUCUUUCUGAGUGGUGGUUUGAGGAACCAAUGCGGUCCACAGGUUUUAUACUAGAUGGUUUCCCACGAUAUCCCGAAGAGGCAUUGUUUCUAGGGGAGCACGGAUUUUUCCCAGAUGCUGUUGUUUUUAUACAAGUUGAUGAUCAAGACAUUUUCGAUCGCCUCCUUCCUCCCCGAAUUGAAAAGUGGAAACUGAAACAAAAGAAGAAAUUAGAAAGGAGAAAACUCAUCAAAGACAUGAAGUCAAAAAUCAGGGAAGAUAUGAUUGCUAAAAGAAGGGCUGAACUUAUGGCAGAGAGAGAUAGAAAAAAGAAAGGGGAGAGUUCUAGUAAAGAUGAUGAAGAAAUUAGUGAAGAGGAGGCUGAAGAAGAUGAAGAUGAUAUUGACAACAUCCUUGAAGAGGAGUUUCCAAAAGAUGAGGAAGAGAUGACUGAGGAAGAUGAACAGGAAAGUGAAGCAAUUGAACGCCUGAGAGGUGAACUGGGAGAGAAAUUUGAAGCAGAUUUGCAUAAUUUUCAAAAUAUACAGGAUGAUUUGGAUAAGUUUUUGAUACCAAUAAUUUUUAUUAAUGGAACUCGGAAAAUCCACAUUGUACAGUAUAUAUUGAAUCUGAGAAUGAAACCACUGGUGGAAAACCGUGCAAGCAUUUUUGAGAAAUGUUAUCCAAUAUCGGCACACAUUGCCCAGAAAAUGCUCAACUAUACCUAUAAGUAUACAAGCUCAUUUGGCUAUUGGGACCCUGUAAAGCUAAGUGAAGGAGAGACAAUCAGGCCAGUUGAAAAUGCAGAGAAUCCAGUUUAUCCUGUGAUUCAUCGUCAGUAUAUUUAUUUUUUAUCUAGUAAGGAAACUAAAGAGAAAUUUAUGAAGAACCCAAUCAAAUAUAUCCGCCAACCCAAACCUAAGCCUACUGUGCCCCUUAAGAUUGUAAUUGUGGGGCCUCCAAAAUCUGGGAAAACUACAGUUGCCAAAAAAAUUGCAAGUGAAUAUGGGUUAAAGCGUUUGUCAAUAGGAGACAGUUUGCGUUAUAUAUUAAACCACCACCCAGAAACAGAGCUGGCACUGAUGUUAAAUUGGCAUCUUCAUAAAGGAAUGACGGCGCCUGAUGAACUGGCUAUUCAAGCCUUAGAACUUUCUCUGAUGGAAAGCGUAUGCAAUAUUGCAGGUGUUGUCAUCGAUGGAUAUCCUGUAACUGCACAUCAAGUCAAUCUCUUCAAUGCUAGGUCAAUCAUUCCCAUGAUCAUCUUUGAGUUGGAUGUGCCUUCCAAGGAGAUUUUCAGAAGAUUGCACCUGGAAAAAAAAAGUGAGCAAAGUUUCCCUUAUCCAUUGCACAAUAGUACACAAAUUAUAGCUGUCAAGAAUGCCAAGUACCACAAAAAUAUUGGUGAGAUUAGGCAAUUUUAUCAAGAACAGCAUCAUAACUGGUAUGUGAUUGAUGGAUUUCACAGCAAAUGGUGGGUUUGGAAUGAAAUCAUUAAGAAAGUUCAAAUGGUGAAUAAAUAUAUGCAGACAUACCUGGAAAGAAUACAAGAAGGAAAAGCGGCCUGCAUUGACAAGUUAUGUAUCACACCACAAGAGCUGAUUUCUCGCCUGGGAGAAUUUGGACAGUUCUGCCCUGUCAGCCUGGCAGAAACAAAUGAAUUACUUGAUUGCUCUGUAACGGACUCCUUGGAAUUUGCAGCAGAGUUCAGGGGGCACUAUUAUAAAAUGAGUUCUCAGGAAAAACUGAAUAAAUUCUUGGAGAACCCAGAAUUAUACGUGCCUCCCUUAGCACCCCAUGCGCUCCCAUCAGCUGACAUGCUUCCCAAAAGGCUGACGCUGUCAGAGCUGAAGAGUCGGUUCCCCAAGUGUGCCGAGCUCCAGGGCUACUGCCCAGUGACCUACCGAGAUGGACAACAAAGAUAUGAAGCCCUAGUACCUGGUAACAUUAACUAUGCUGCAGAAUAUCGCAAUCGUAUAUAUAUUUGUGAAAGUGAAGAAAAACUCCAGAAAUUUUUGAGGUCACCAAUGAAAUACUGGGAUCAGAAGCUUCCGCACAAACUGCCCCCAUUAAGGGAACCUAUAAGUCUCACUAGUCUUCCUUUGCCUGGAUAUCUGGAACAGGGCAUCGCAGCUCCUCUAAUUAAAGCAAUGAAUGCAGCAGGAUGCUUAAAGCCCAAGUUCCCCUUCUUAAGUAUAAGGAGAUCUGCACUAGUAUACAUAGCACUUCAUCUAAAAGCAUUUAAUCCCAACAGUUCUGAAUAUACAAGAAAAAAGUAUAAGAAGAAGAUGGAACAGUUUGUGGAGAGAUGUGAACUCAUAACAUACUUGGGUGCCAAGAUGACCAGAAAAUACAAGGAACCUCAGUUCAGAGCCAUUGAUUUUGAUCAUAAAUUACAGACCUUCCUCUCUCUCCGAAAUAUCAACCCAAUUAAUGGAUAGUUUGCUUAGGUAACUGCAACUUGAAUCUCAAGUUGUCACAAAGUGACAGCUGGAAGUCAAGAGCAGUGGACUGAAAAUCUGGGCCUCUCUGAAGUACUUUUCCCUCCCAAGAAACGCACACACUUGCCAGACUUCAAAUGGACUCAAAGUUCUGCCAGCCAGGAAGCAACACUCUUCUGUAAGCAUAACUUUUAAUACAAUACAAUUUUAAGGUUUAUUGCUCUUCGCUGAACUUCGAUGCUUUAACAAAAUAGACAUUCCAUUUAUAAUUCCAUUUAGAAUACUGAAGUAACUUAUUUUAAUAGAUUUAUUGUUUACUUUUCUUUUUAACAUUUUCAGUAGAAGUGUUAAAGUCUCUGUUAAAGAAAAUUACUCAUUAAAGGUUAGAAAGCUUCAAGAAACAAAGUUAACAUUGAUAUAAAAACAGAAAUAUUGGUUAUAUGUUUUAUAUAAUGAAUUGUUUAUGAACUUUGUGAACAUAAGACACUUUUAUUUUCCCAAAAUAAAUGGAUUUUUUGAUAA